UAAGAGCAGCUGCUCAUACACAAUACUCAUUCAAAAAAUUGCACGCAACGCUAUGUGAGUCUUAUUUACUGGAUGUUUGUCGCAAACAUCGUUUUAAAUCUUGUUUAUAUGUACCUAUAUUAGUGUGAUUGUGAGAAUGAUGGACAAUUUGAAUAUUGUAAUCAUAAGUCUAUUACUGAUGAUCAUGGGAAUUGAGGCCCAGAUUCCAGCACCGCCUCCAGCACCAGCAGCAGCACCAGUCACCAAAGCGGAAGACUUACAAUAUGAAUAUUACACUAUCGUACCCACCCUCACUGAUCAAAUCCUGCCACAAGAUGACGAAGAUGCGCAAGCUAUCAUAGAUAGUGGCUUAAAUGAAGCAGUAAUCGCUAGUAUCCUACCAUAUCAAGAAAAACCUCGACGAUUCGCCAUAAACGAACGAGUAUCAGCCAAGAAUAAAGAUGAAGUGCCCUGGAUUCGUGACAAUUAUCGUCCUCAAAAUAGAUGGAAUUAUGGAAUCGACCAUUACACAUUAUUCACAGAUUUAUGCUAUGGUUUAGUCAAAAAUGAGGCCAAUGUAAUAAGCGGUUAUUUGAAGAACUCUUUAUUAGAUGGAUUCAGAGAGCAGACUGUUGUCGCUAUGGUACUCACCAAAGACAUGCAGGCUAUGAUAGCAACAUAUAAUAAUGUUUUCUGCAACGAAUUCAAAGAUGAUCGCAAAUCGCAAUGUCAUCCAUUCGAAAAUAUGUUGAGAGUCUGGGUAGAAAAAAGUCGAGACCCCAUCGAAAAAGGAGAGUUGAACCAGGACGAAGUUACGCAAGCUGCAAAUGCUUUGAUAGCUGAACAACGUGCCGGAGGUUGGAAAGAAAACCGAGACCAAAUAGAGCUCGUUUUGAUGAAGAAGUCCAUUAAAUAUGCCAGAAAGGUCAUUGAGCUAUUCGAGCAAGCAGAUGGUAAACCGAUCGAAGACACCAUAAGUGAAAACAUAAAAGGGCAUAAAGAUGCUCGGAAACUGGAAGAUGCAUAUGUCUCUCUGGCUCGUUACAUCAAAGACAAAUACAAAUAUAUCGCCGAUAUUUUACGUAAAUUCAGCGACGGUGCGGAUCAUUGGGCUAUUUGGGUCAUGUGUAUUGCUGUCGUUCACCCUCAAGAAUGGCCAAAAGUCGAUCAAGCUUUCAAGCAAGGAGGAGAUGAUUCAUUGAGUAAAUUCAUCCUGGCAAAGCUCACCGAAAACAACGUUAUGGCUGAAACAAUAGCGCUGAUAGUUGAUGCAUCAUUUAAACCUACAAUAUUCACUGCGAAACCGGUUCAAGGUAACGUAGGACCAACUGUUGGUGUGCCUCCUCCAGUACCUGCGACUACAGUAGCACCAGCAGGGCCACCCCCGGCACCUUCAACAGCACCACCGAUUUCACCCCCGGAAACUCCAACAGCACCAGCACCUGUGCCAGCUGCAGCGCCGCCACCAUCGUAGAAGCCACCGCCAAAAAUUAGAGAGUCACCAGCAUCUUGAGUUCAAGUUCAACUCAACCAUUUUAAUCAUGGUCAAAUAAAAAAUCAACACCUACCUAGGUAUUGAUAGUAUAUAUUCACCACUAGGUGUUACCUACCUCACAUAUUGUA